AUUGAGAAACUGAAGCAGGAGCUGAUUGAUUUGAAACAGCAAAUGCGAGAAGAGAAGAAGCAGCUGGCAGACUAUUAUGCCCAACAAGUAAAAGAACUGGAAGAGAAAUUUCAGAAAAAAGUCAGAGAAAUUGGCCAAAUUCAAUUAGAAUUGAAAUUAAUAAAGGAGUUCCGCACGGAGAAAGCAGCUAUGGAGAAAGAGCUGGAAGAUGUAAAGAAGAGUAUGGAGAUCUCAAACAGGAGACAUCAGGAAGUGGUUGUGAGAUUGGAGAGGAGGUUUCUUGAAGAGAAGAAACGAUUAGAAGAUGAUGUUGAGAAAAAGCAAAUAAUGAUGACAGAGACCACCCAGCAUGAGGCUGUUUUGCAGCUGAACAGCACAGGGAGAGAGGUGUUUAAGGAGAAUGCUUGUCUUCACAGCGCAUGUGCUAAACAGCUGAAAGAGGCAAUGGAAUUGCAGAAAAUUAAACAGAAGUUAGAAGAGGACAAAACUCUUCUGUUACAGGAGAAGGAAACCAGUGAGGGUUUAAUUCAAAAAAAGAUCGUACAGAUCAGUCACCAGAAAGCACAGAUUGGAGAUCUGCAGCGUAAAGUGGAAAAGUUGGAGAUGGCCUUAUGUCGCAUGAGCGAAUCUGUGAGAGAGACUCAGAAAACACAGCAUCAAACACUGAUAGAAAACCAGGCAAGCAUGGUGGAGCUCAAGAAACUGCAGCAACUACUAGAAAUGAAGGAUCGGGAAAUGAACCGAGUGAAGAAACUAGCCCGGAAUAUCUUAAAUGAGAGGACUGAGGUGGAAAGGUUCUUCCUAGAUGCUCUGGAACAUGUGAAGCAAGAGAUCAUAUCCAGUAGAAAGCACUAUAAGAAAAAGGCCCAAAAGGCCUAUUACAGAAAAAUGAUGGAGGCAUGUGCAGGGAAGGCGGAAUUUCCAAAAAUUAAAACAUUCAAAGGCAACAUAAAUAGCACAAAUAGUGUGUACAGAGACCUAGAGGAAGCAGUGAAGUGCUACUGGGAAAAAGUCCAGUUUGAGAAAGUGGAUAUUAGUGAGUUGACAUGGGAACAAAAAGAAUGUGUUCUGCGAUUGCUUUUUGCCAAAAUGAAUGGCACCAGUCCAUGGAAAUACACCAGCGUUUUGGCUACUUCAGCCCCAGCUCCCGAUGAUACUAAAGAAGAAAGCGAAUUUGGGACAGAAGAUACUUCUCCCAACGUAAUCAUUACACAGCAGGCUGAAUUAUCAGAUUCAUCAUCUUCUGACGUAAUCCUUCCGCGUAUUCAGAUGUUAACACCACAGACAGAGUAA